AUGAACAAGGUAUUGGAUCAGAUCUCCAAAUCACCCUUCGUGCACAGGAUUGAAGGGGCUAAAUUACCCCGACAUUUCAAUCAACCAAUGUUUACCAUCUACAACGGCCGAGCAGACCCGGUGGAGCAUGUGAGUCAGUUUAACCAGAGAAUGACCAUCUACUCCCAAAAUGAGGCUCUGAUGUGCAAAGUUUUCCCGUCCAACUUGGGGCCAGUGGCGAUGAGAUGGUUCAACAACUUGAAAACAAAUUCCAUAGGCUCCUAUAAGCAGCUCACCCAAGCUUUUUGCUCUCGCUUUAUUACAAAUAGCAGAGUCCCUCAACCCCUAAGUUCAUUAUUGUCCUUAUCCAUGCACGAGGGAGAGACCCUAAAGGAGUAUUCGGAUAAGUAUUGGGAGAUGUACAACGAGUUGGAUGAAAACUACAAUGAUGUCGCCAUUAGCACAUUCAAAAGUGGUCUCCCCAUCGAGCAUGACUUAAGGAAAUCUCUAACUGGUAAAUCUGUUGCCAACGUUCAUCAGUUAAUGGAUAGGAUUGACAAGUACAAAAGGGUGAAAGAAGACCAACUACAAGGAAAAGGAAAGGAGAAGAUCGUUCCCCUCAGAGGGAAUGAUUACAGGUCGGAACGAUACAACCAUAACCAGCCGAGAAGAGACGAGACAGGCUGGACAAACCAACGUGCAAAUGGUUAA